GACCCCGCAUUCACUAUAUCCGCUCUCCCCGGACCCCGCAUUCACUAUAUCCCGUCUCCCCGGACCCUGCAUUCACUAUAUCCGCUCUCCCUGGACCCCGCAUUCACUAUAUCCUGUCUCCCCGGACCCUGCAUUCACUAUAUCCCGUCUCCCCGGACCCUGCAUUCACUAUAUCCGCUCUCCCCGGACCCCGCAUUCACUAUAUCCGCUCUCCCCGGACCCCGCAUUCACUAUAUCCCGUCUCCCCGGACCCCGCAUUCACUAUAUCCCGUCUCCCCGGACCCUGCAUUCACUAUAUCCGCUCUCCCCGGACCCUGCAUUCACUAUAUGCGCUCUCCCCGGACCCUGCAUUCACUAUAUGCGCUCUCCCCGGACCCCGCAUUCACUAUAUCCGCUCUCCCCGGACCCCGCAUUCACUAUAUCCGCUCUCCCCGGACCCUGCAUUCACUAUAUCCGCUCUCCCCGGACCCUGCAUUCACUAUAUCCGCUCUCCCAGGGCCCUGCAUUCACUAUAUCCGCUCUCCCCGGACCCCGCAUUCACUAUAUCCGCUCUCCCCGGACCCCGCAUUCACUAUAUCCGGUCUCCCCGGACCUUGUAUUCAC